AUGGCGCUGGUUGACCAUUCACCAAACCACCCCACCCCGUCUGGACGGCUGGAGAACGCCUCCAAUGUGAUCCUGAUCGAUAACUACGACUCGUUUACAUGGAAUCUGUACCAGUAUCUCGUUCUCGAGGGUGCCACAGUCAGGGUUAUCCGCAAUGAUGCCGCUACGCUGGAGGAGCUGAUUGCUGAAAAGCCUACCCAGCUCGUUCUCAGCCCCGGCCCUGGGCACCCCAAGACCGACGCAGGCAUCUGCAACGAGGCCAUCCAGCAUUUUGCCGGCAAGAUACCUAUUUUUGGAGUGUGCAUGGGCCAGCAAUGCAUUAUAUCCUCGUUUGGGGGUGAGGUGGAUGUCGCAGGAGAGAUUCUGCACGGCAAGACAUCUCCAUUGAAGCAUGACUCAAAGGGCGUAUACGCCUCUCUUCCGGCUUCGCUGAACAUUACACGCUACCAUUCGCUAGCUGGAUCGGCCACCACCAUCCCGGACUGUCUUGAGAUAUCCUCAACUACUGAUUUGGGUGAUCCUAACCGGCCUGACGUCAUUAUGGGCGUGAGACACAAGAAGUUCACCGUCGAGGGCGUUCAAUUCCACCCAGAGAGCAUUCUGACCGAACAUGGGCGAGCUAUGUUCCGAAACUUCCUUCUGACUCGAGGGGGAACCUGGGAAGAGCACAAUGCUUCUGCCCCUGGCCCAGCUACCGUUCCAUCUACAAACGGCCAAUCUAGUGAAAUGAAGAAGGGAUCUAUCCUCGAUAAGAUCUACGCUCACCGUCAAGCUGCAGUUAAAGUGCAAAAGGAAAUCCCAUCUCAGCGUCCAGAUGAUCUUCAGGCUGCAUACGACCUUGGUAUUUCUCCUCCACAGAUUUCCUUCCCAGAUCGCCUCGCCAAGUCUCCCUUCCCACUCUCUCUCAUGGCCGAGAUUAAGAGGGCUUCCCCUUCCAAGGGCAUCAUUGCCGCAUCUAUCUGUGCACCAGCUCAAGCCCGGAAGUACGCCAUGGCCGGUGCCAGCGUUAUCUCCGUGCUUACAGAACCAGAGUGGUUCAAGGGCAGCCUGGAUGACCUACGUGCGGUCCGACAGAGUUUGGAGGGUAUUCCUAAUCGUCCUGCCAUUCUACGAAAGGAGUUUGUCUUUGAUGAAUACCAGAUCCUUGAAGCCCGCCUUGCUGGUGCGGACACUGUGCUUUUGAUCGUUAAGAUGCUUGCGGAGCCUCUCCUCAAGAGGCUGUUCGAUUACUCUCGAAAGCUUGGUAUGGAGCCUCUGGUCGAAGUCAACAACCCUGAGGAGAUGGCAAUUGCAGUUAGGCUGGGCUCCAAAGUCAUUGGCGUCAACAACCGCAACCUCCAGAGUUUUGAGGUUGAUCUAGAGACAACCAGCCGUCUCAUGGGACAAGUUCCGGAAUCUACCAUUGUCUGUGCCCUCAGUGGCAUCUCAGGCCCCCAGGAUGUUGCACCAUACCAGAAAAAUGGAGUCAAGGCUGUUCUUGUUGGAGAGGCCCUUAUGCGUGCUCAAGACGUUGGCGUGUUUGUAUCUAAGCUUUUUGGAACCAAACCUGGCCCCUUUGCCCAGACUCCUGGCGCUCCCUUGGUCAAAAUUUGCGGAACGAGAUCUGCUGCUGCUGUCAAGGCAGCCAUUGAAGGUGGUGCUGACCUGAUUGGUAUUAUUCUUGCAGAAGGCCGAUCAAGAACUGUGUCCACCGAGACUGCUCUGGAAAUUUCGAAGACUGUCAAAUCCACACCACGUCCCUCUUCCUUGAAGACCCAACCUCCUGCUUAUGGAGACGCAUUCCUUGCCUCCAACUAUUUUGACCACACUACUGGUCUCCUCAGAAACCCUGACCGGGCUCUUCUGGUUGGAGUAUUCCAGAACCAGCCUCUUUCCUAUAUAGUGGCUCAGCAGCAGAAACUAGACCUUGACGUUAUCCAGCUCCACGGAUCGGAACCCGUUGAAUGGCCAUCGCUCCUCCCUGUCCCAGUUAUCAAGAAGUUCUCUCCAUCAGAUUUGGGAAUUUCUCGCCGAGGCUAUCACAGCCUUCCCCUCUUGGACUCUGGGGCUGGUGGUACUGGUGAGAGACUUGCCCUAGAACAAGUCAGGGGUGUUCUAAAGAAAGACCCUGGACAACGAAUUAUCCUGGCUGGUGGCCUCGAUGAUAAGAAUGUGACCGAUGUUCUUCGCGCCCUUGGCGAGGAAGGAAACAAGGUUGUGGGUGUGGACGUCAGCAGCGGCGUUGAGACUGACGGAGCACAGGAUAUUAAAAAGAUCAAGGCUUUUAUCACUGCUGCCAAAAACAUUAGAAAUACCACCUUGUGA